UGCGGAGGGGGAGGCGGCGGGGGGGGAGAGCGGGCUCACCUCGGACCGCCUCGGCGAGCUGGCGGCGGCAACGAGGCUCGACGGGGCGCCCGCAGUCGGCCCAGACGGCUGGUUCAUCAUGCCCCCGCCGGCCGGGCGCGACGCUCAGCCCGACGCCCCGCGCGGCUCGAUCACCCUCUCCGUGACCUGGCCGGCGGGCGGUGCUCCGGUGGCGCCCGGCCAGUCGGUGCUCGUGCAGGACCAGGCGGGGCGGCGCUUCCGCACCGUGCUGCCUCAGGGGAUCCGGCCGGGCCAGUCCUUCCGCGUGGAGGUGCCCCGCCCCGCGCCGAGCAAGAGCAGCGGCCUCCCUUCCGGCGCCGCCGGCGCCGCCGCCCGCAUCGGCGAGUUUGUCCCGGCCGCGAACCUGGCCGCCAUGGACUAUGGGUACGAGGCCGCCGCCACCGCCGCCGCCGCCUCCGCCGCCGUCCGCGCGGGCGGCGGCGGCGGCGGAAGCAGCCCGCAGCCGCUGCAGUCCGGCAGCCCCUCCGGCGGGGGGGCGUUUGCAUCGCACGUGGCUGGCGCGGGCGGCGGCGAGGCGCGGCAGCUCGGCGAGGGCGAGGCGCCUCGCGCGCCGGCGCAUCUGCCGCCGCUGUCGGCGCUCGAGUUGGUCGCCGGCUCGCCCCUCCGCCUGCCGGGCGGGGAGGUCGGGCUGGUGGUGGCGGUGGACGCGCCCGCCGAAGGCGUCGCCGACGAGGCGGAGGCGGGGUACGGCACGGCGGUCACGCUGCUCACAAAGUGCGAGGCGAGCGACGCGCCGCUGCUGCUGCGCGCGUCUGCCGCGGAGCUGUCGGUGCCUGAGGCGGCUGCCACGGCGCGGCUCGCCCCAGCGUCGGGCGACGGCGGCGUGCCUCUAUCAGCGGCGAGCCGGGCGAAGGCUUCAUGCUCGAGCACGGUGGGCCAUCCAUUAGGCGGUGUGCCGCUCUCAGCGGCGAGCCUCUGCCGGCGGGCGGUGAUGCCGCUGCAGCUCGGCCUCGCGCGGCUCGCGAUGCGGCAGGCGACGCUGCUGCUUCUCUCGCGCCCGCCGGCUCCCGCCGCGUCGGACGCCGGCGAGGAGGGGAGCGACCCGAUGUCGUUCACUUGCCUGCUGCGCGACGAGGCGCUCGCCGAUCUGCGGCGCGGGCUCUCCGCCGCCGGCAAUGGCGAGGCACUCCUCUGGUCAUCCGGAAUGGUCUUCGACGUCCUCCUCGCGCUGCUGCAGCACCCGCUCGGCCGCUCCAAGCCCGAGGCGUGCGCCAUCCUGCUCGCGCUGCUGCAGCUGCCGCCGCCGGCCGCCCACUCGCCCCACGAGGACCAGCGAGCGAGCUGGCGCCUCUCCCGGCUGCUGCCUCUCGCGCGCGCGGUGCGGUGGCACGCCGCCGACAGGGACGCCUCCAACCUGCUGCCGCUGCACGCGCAGCUGUACUCCGAGCUGCUCGCCUCGCUGCCUGGCCUCUCCCCGCUCGCCGAGGCGCAGCUGCUGCGCCGCCUGGCCGAUCUCGGCGCGGUGCUUGUCGCCGUCCUCGACGGGCGCGUGGUUGGUCGGUGGAUGCGGGACUGCAACGAGGGGCCGGGGUGCGAGGGCUGGCCGCCGGACGGGUGGGGCGCUUGGUGCGCGGAGCUCGACCUCGAGCUGAUCGCGUACGCGCGCUACCUCGCCACGCGCGGCAAGAGCGAGCGGAGGAUGAGGGACGUCUCGCGGGCAGAGCUGUGA